AUGCAAUCUGAGAAACAGAAACGAGAAGUGUUUGCAAUGAUGUCGGCCACACAUGUCUUCGUGAGUCUCGCCAUACGGUUAGUGCCAUUGAUAUGUGUUUGUGGUGUUUGUGCGGCCAAACCAAUGCUGGCCACCACUACAGCCGUGGCCAGAGUCCACACGUCAUCGCCAGUGGACACACAACAGCUGAUCCAAGUGCUCACUGAAGACAAUUGGUUUCACCGUGAUUGUGAUUCCGUCGGCGCUCACCUUGCCGAUAAUUAUUUCGUCAAACUCUUUGUUUUUGGCAAAAAUGAGACAAUUGUUGACAACAAUUACUCUGACGAAGAUUUGGGUGAUUUGUCCACAAACGAGAAGUUAUUGCCGACGAGUCUUCGGGACAUUGAGCCCAAACCGUCGACAUCCAAGUCUAUGCCCACCAAUCCCUGGGCAUCGAUACGGACCCGACGGGUGACACUUCUUCUCUACUGUUUCCUCGGUCUUCAGGUCUCGUACUUGAGUUGGGGUUUACUUCAGGAGAAGAUAAUGACCACCGAAUACGUCAUCCAAAGCCAGUUCUUCACCGAAGGACACAAACAUUUGGUUACGAUCUCUGACCGGCACUCAAAUGUUUCAAAUGAUGGCCAAAACAAGGAAACGUCGGAAACAUAUCACAUAAAAUUCAGAAAUUCCCAGUUUCUAGUGUUGGUUAAUAGGAUUCUGGCGUUUAUCAUAGCAUUCGUCGCUUUGAAUGUUAAAAAUAGGCAAAACACAGGCCGACCGGUGGCCAAGUGUGAGCCCCCACUACACCAAUACAUAUAUUGUUCCCUUUCAAACAUACUAAGCAGUUGGUGUCAAUACGAGGCCCUCAAGUUUGUCAGCUUUCCCACACAGGUGUUGUCGAAAGCGUGCAAAAUAAUGCCAGUAAUGCUUAUGUCGCAACUGAUUGGCGGUAAAAAGUAUCGCACCGUUGAGUACGUGUUCGCCAUUGCAAUAUCACUGGGAAUGACGAUAUUCUUGUUGAACGACCACUCCGUGAAUGGCGGCGCCGGACACCACCACAAGUCUAUGGACUUGGAGUCGUCUACUGACCACUACUACGGGGGACUCUUCAUACUAGUGCUGUACUUGACGUUCGACUCGUUUACGUCCAAUUGGCAGACAGUGCUGUUCGAGAAGUACAAGAUGUCGACACUCCAUAUGAUGGCUUCCGUCAACUUCUUCUCAAUACUGUUGACGUCGACGUCACUCAUAGAACAGGGAGACCUGACCCCCGCCUUCCAG